AUGCUCUACAACCAUCUGCGGACGCACCUCAUCGUCGCGCCUUCGACCUCGGUUGGCAAGUCCAUCUUCUCGACCGGGUUGUGUCGAGCUUCGCUGGCCCAAGGCGAGAGGGUCGGCUACUUGAAGCCGAUCGGCACCGGCACCGGCGACGGUGAUGACGAGCUGUGAGUCGCUGGAGAUGCACCCCUACCGCUUCCUUCCCAUUGUUGCAACAGGUGACUGAUCCAUCUCGACGACGAUCCAGACAUUUGAAACGAUUUGCCCCUCGGCUGAGCUCGACAAAGUGCCUCUUCCACUUUGACGAGCCCGUGUCACCUCACCUCGCCGUAGCACGGUCCGGUUCGUCGAGCUCGGCAGCAUCAAAGUACCCCACCGAUGAUGCAUUCGUCAGGGCCAUCUCGCACCACGUUCAUCAAUUCGCCCAGGACCCGGCCAGCGCGGUGCGACAAGCUGCAGGCCGAGGAGCGUCGCUUUACAUCGAAUCAGCCGGAGGUGAGCUAGCGUCGGGACGCCAUGAAAUGGAAACCAAAAUACAUUGCACCUGACGCGUAUUCUGAAUAAACAGGUGUCCACUCCCCCGUGCUUUCCGGAUCUUCACAGAUCGAUGCCUUCCGACCGCUCGCUCCACCUUCGACCCUACUGAUCGCUUCCCAUGCCCUCGGCGGCAUAUCGACCACACUGUCGGCCUACGAAUCGCUCUUCAUCCGCGGUUACCGGAUAGACUCGGUGCUCGUCUUCAAAGAGGAUUAUUACGAAAACUACUCGUACUUUCAAAAAUGGUUCGAACAAGAACGAGGCAUCAAGGUCGGGAUCGUACCAUUACCGCCAUCCGUAGCGGAGCCGAAAGAGCGCGACGAACAAAACAUGGAUACCUACUACGCGACCCUGGAAGAAAAUCUCAGCCCCAUCAUCGACCAUCUGUGGGACACGCACCAGCGCCGCCUCGACGAACUCGCCUCGAUGGGCAAAAGGUCGAGGGACGUCUUUUGGUGGCCUUUCGUGCAACACAACCAGGUCGCGCGCGAUCAAGACGUCAUGGUCGUCGACUCGGCCCACGGUGAUCAUUUCGUCACAUUUGACCACGCGGUCGAUGCAGCCUCCUCGAAGGCCCUUCUGAGCCCCACGUUCGAUGGGUCGGCGUCGUGGUGGACCCAGGCUUUGGGCCAUUCGAAUCCGACCCUGGCCCUCGCUGCUGCCCAGGCCGCCGGACGCUACGGCCACGUACUGUUCCCUUCAGCCACGAACGAGCCUUCGCUUCGAUUGGCCGAAAAUUUGGUCCGAGGUGUGGGCCAGGGGUGGGCCGAGCGCGUGUUUUAUUCCGACGACGGAUCCACGGGGAUGGAAGUCGGCCUCAAGAUGGCGCUCAGAUCGUACGCCGUCCGAAGGGGCUUGAACGCCGAAGAAGCGGGCCGAUUAAAAGUGUUGGGCUUCAAGGGCUCCUACCAUGGUGACACGAUCGGCGUCGUUGAUGCGUGCGAGAAGAGCAUCUUUACCGAGCGUAUCGACUGGUACAACGGCCGAGGGGCGUGGCUCGACGGGAGCCAGGUCAUGCUCGAGCAGGGCAAAGUCGUCAUUCGGGAUCGGAAGACCGGUGAAUCGAUCGGGACAUACGACACACUCAAAGAACUGUACAACGUCGAUCAGCGCUUGACAGACUGUGAUCCCCUCGUCGAGCGCUAUCGCGACGAGAUCGCCGCGUUCGUCCGAGAACACCACGAGGCAGGAACCGAGUUUGGCGCCUUGGUCCUCGAGCCCAUCGUUAUGGGUGCGGGAGGUAUGAUCUUCAUUGAUCCCUUAUUCCAGCGCGUCCUCAUCGAUCUCGUUCGCGGUGACUCGACCCUCUUUCCCUCCCGCGCGAGCCUCAACGCAUCGACGGCAAGCUCGAAAACUUGGCAGGGACUGCCCGUUAUCUUUGACGAGGUGUUCGUCGGUCUGCACAGGAUCGGGCCCUUGACGUCGGCGCGACUUCUCGGCUCUACGACCUUACCCGAUAUCGCCGUCUACGCCAAGAUCCUUUCGGGAGGAUUGGUGCCCCUGUCCGUCACGCUCGCCUCGGGGUCCAUCUUUGAGACCUUCCUCGGACCGGGUAAAGUCGACGCCCUGUUGCACGGGCACAGCUACACGGCCCAUCCCGUCGGAUGCAACGUUGCUCUGACCACCUUGAACACCUUGGAGAAGAUGCGAAAGAGGGGUGAUUGGGAUGCGGCAAAACAGGACUGGGGGAUCCAAGCCAGCGCCGCGCCUCCACAUUCGUCAACCACCUCUGCCCAACCUUGGUCAUUUUGGUCCGCCGACUUCGUCGAUCGAGUCUCGCGCUUGGAAGAGCGAGUUUCAGGAGUGAUGGCCCUAGGGACCCUGCUCGUCGUCUACCUUCGAGCCUCCUCCGCCGGCUACGACUCUGCGGCCUCGGUCGACCUCCUCGCUCGCCUCAAGGACGCCAAGGUGCCCGGUGGACCAAGUGCGAAGGGCUACAACGUCCACGCCAGACCUCUCGGCAACGUGGUGUAUUUCAUGACGUCGCUCAAUUCCAAGCUAGACGAUCUGAGAGCACUCGAGGAAGCUCUCUGGGAAGCGCUACAAGAGUAG